GUGACAGAGGUAGGUCAGGCUGAGCGCAGAGUCAGAGGGUUUAUUUAACUCGUCGCUCUGUCCUCCCCCACUUUCCCAACGCGCCACCAAGAGGGUUCCUUCUGCGGCGGGGACCACGCAAGGACUUACUUUAAAACCAUCAUACCAAAAAUAACCUCAGCAUUACCAAGACUGGUAUUAAACAUAAUAAUUUAGUAUAGAUUUUUUUUUUAAAGAAAAGAAAAAAAAAUCACUUAACUUCAGCUUGUUUUUUUUGUUUUUUUAUCACGCGUAAAUAAAUGCGUAUUUAUCUGUGACCGCAUUGGAAAAGUACCUCGACGGCUGACUGCGUAAUUGGAGUAAAAAAAGAAUGGAGCGAAUUCCAAGCGCGCAGCCACCUCCUCUGUCCAAACACCAGGCUGAUCUGUCAGACGUGCAGGGGAUGGAUUUCCCGAUGUAUGUUUAUAAACCCAGGCGAGGGAUGAAGAGAGGAGAGGAGAGCAAGGAAACCUACAAGCUGCCUCACAGACUUAUUGAGAAGAAAAGGCGUGACCGGAUAAACGAGUGCAUCGCUCAGUUGAAAGAUUUAUUACCAGAGCACCUGAAACUCACGACUCUGGGCCAUCUGGAGAAGGCUGUGGUUUUAGAGCUCACACUCAAGCAUGUGAAAGCCCUCACGUCUCUCCUGGAGCAACAGCAGCAGAAGAUCCUCGCUCUGCAGAGCGGCAUGCAAAUUGAGCAGCCUCCUGUCAACCAGGAGAAGUCAGAAGAGAUGUUCCGCUCUGGCUUCCACAUGUGUGCCAAGGAGAUUCUUCAGUAUCUAGCCAAUCACGAGACCGAUGAUGACUUCACGCCGUCCCAUGCGAUCAAUCACCUCCACAAGUUAGCUGCAGAGGUGCUGCAAAGUCCAGCCCGACCCCGCACACCUCUCAGCCCUAGACCCGAGGAGAUUCCUAGCUACCACCAGCACCAACCUCACAAGGAGAUGCCCACCAGCUUACCCCCUAAACCCAGCGAGGGUUAUGGAAGGAACUGUGUACCUGUCAUCCAGCGGGCAUACGCACCAGCAAGCAGCGAGCAGAGUGGCAGUGAUACGGACACGGACAGCGGCUAUGGGGGAGAGCUGGAGAAGGCAGAAUCCGGAGCGCAACAGGGACGUCCAGAUUACUACGUUCAGGAGAGCCAGCUCAAGCGAGUGCUGGGUGAGAGGCAAAGCUCCAGCAUCAAGCAGGAAGAUGACGAGCCGCGCCACAAACGACCCCGGGUGGAGUCGUCUGAAGACGAGCUCCUCUCAGGCGGAGAAUCGUCAUCGUCCUCUAGCGGUUAUGGUAGUUACAUGAGCGUAUCCCCCAAUCAUCCACCUCCUCCACAUCCCCUUUGCAUGCCUUUCUACCUCAUUCCACCUUCUGCUGCAGCCUACCUGCCAAUGCUGGAGAAAUGCUGGUACCCCGGAGCCAUGCCCAUGCUCUACCCCGGCAUGGGAGGCUCUUCACCCGCCAUGCCCAGCGAACGACCGCCUCCACCUCAGCUAGUGUUGUCUCCCAGGGGAGGCUCUCCAGCCCCAGCCAUAUCUCAGACCCCCAUGGACUCGCCUGCCCUCCUUCAGGCACUAAAGCAGGUACCACCCCUCAACCUGGAAACCAAAGACUGAGAGUUUAAGAGAAGACGGGUGAAGAGAAGAUCCUGUUCUAGUACCCAGUAGCAGAGACAGAAGACAGAAGUGGGAAUGAAAACAUGACUGAGCCUUUCCAUUAUCUAUCCCUAUUUCUGUCCUCUGUUUUUUCCGUCUGGAGGUCAAACGGCAAACAAGAGAACUUGUAGAAAUUAUCAAGAAGAGAUGGAGAGCAACAUCCAUCCACGCUCAGAGGGCGCAAAGCUCUGGCUGAAUGUUUAAUGCUCAGUGGUAUUACUCAGUGCAAAUGUAUCAUAUAAACUGGACCUGCCCUGCACACACACACACACAUAAAAACACACACACAUACGCACUUGGUUGAAUGUAAAGAACGAUUUUAGAUGCUGCUGUUAAAGAAUAAAGGCCGAUGACACUGAUUCAUCUCACUUGUAGCUGUUGCAAUAGAGACACGCCAUCUUCAGAAAGUGUUGCCUCAAAUGUCAGCGGUAAAAUUUCACCCAGAGUUUGUUUCCUAGGUAUCACUUUUUAAAAUGCCCAUCAAACCAGACACUAUGAUGACUGGAACCACACAUGGGUUUUUUCCUCAAGUGUGUACAGACGAGAGUAAGGGUACACCUGAUGUAUGGAUGAACGAAUGGGCUCACACAUGACCACACUGAAAGAGAAGUCUUGUUUUUCAUUAACAAACAGACCGUUAAGAUGGAUUUUCUGUAAUUAUUGUUCAUAGACUUCUUGUACAUUUCUAUUUUUGAUACCUGUUUUUCGCACUCCUGUCCAUCCGGUGGGAUAGAAGGUGGACAGCGUGUGGACAAUUGUACGUCGUGUACUCAGAAACUGUGUACAUACUGUAGCACUGUGCUGGACCUGGUCAUGCAUCUGUUUCUGCUCAAGUCAAACCUGGUGUUUGUUCUUGCUGUUGCCUUUUACUUGUGAAAAGCUGAUAAAUCUCAGAUGUUUUAUUCUCUGUACUACGUUAUGAUUAAAGGAGUCAAAGGAGAGAGAAGUGAAUGUAAAAGUUUUACCAGAAGACUAGUUUUCUAUAGAAAGAGGUACUUGAGAUUUUAUAUUUUGGGACCUACAUGAAAGAUGUUUGAUGUACAUAUUUUGUCUAUAAAUGUUGAUAUACAUUAUAUAAGUGUAAUAAUAAAGUAUUUUUUUUUCCCGUGGAAA